AAAUACGUAUAAUAAUUAAUAAAUAUUAAAUACCAACUGGAAAAUAAAAUAGUUUUUUUAGUUAUUACCUUUUACCAAAAAUAUUUUUAAAUUACAUUAAAUUUACAAAGGAGUUUAGAAAAAUUUAUUUUAAUGUUUUAGCUUAAUUGGUAAUUCUUGAAGUAUCUAGUGUUUGUAGAUUGAAUAUUAGUAACUACAUAUUCCAAAGAAUCAUGACAAGUUCAGCAAAUAAAUCAUCAUCAAAAAAUUCUAACAACUCCAAAUUGACAAGUAAAGAAAUUAGAGAAGAAUACUUUAAUCAACUGCGUUCAUGGUUGUAUACUGUAAACAGUUAUCAAUGUUAUUACAAUAAAUUACAACAAGAAUUUUUACAAAAAAAUGACCAUCAAAUUUUGAAAAAUCCUAAGGAAGUUCCUAAAGUUGUGCCUAAUGCUGUACCGCCUGUUUCUGAAACAACUGAAACACCAAGUGUUGAACCCAAUCAGUUUGUGGGGAUAAGAUGCCAAAUACCGUCUUUAUGGAAGCGUUUUGGAGCUGAAUUUAUUGAUUUUUUAAUAUUAAGUUUUAUUAAAUUCUUAAUUGCUUACUCUCUAGUAGAUUCAAUUUUCGAUAUUGAUUUCGCUAAAUAUAACAGUAUUUUUACACGAGAUGAUGUUGAUUAUACUACAGCAGUAGAAGUGACAUCGGAACUAUUAUUCAUAGAAGUAACACACCGAAUAAUAGUUUGUCUAUAUGAGAUAUGUUGUCUAGAAGGUAGUACAAUAUUUAAAGGAGCAACUGUUGGUAAAGCUCUAUUAAAUAUUACAGUUGUUCGAGCGGAUAAACUGUUUUGUAUAAGAGGUCAACCAGCUGAUGUUAUUGCUUUAACUCCUGGUGGCAUUAUUGGUUGGAAACGAGCAACACUUCGUUCAAUCACUAAAAAUUUAUUUUUCGCAUUUUUGUUUCCACUUCCUUUUAUUACAGCAGCAGCAAAUCAAAACAGAUGUGCAUAUGAUGUCUUAUGUGGAACGAUGGUUGUAGAAUUUGUACAACCACUUAGAUGUGAGCAAUCUGAACUUAUUCCUAUUGGGUAACAAGAUUGGUAAUUAAUAAAUAAUAAUUUAUAUAAUAUGUAUUGAUUAUAACUCUAAAUAUAGGUUACAUUGAGUAAUUUAAUACUUUAUUGUAAAAAAAAUUUAUAAUAUUAUCUAAAUUUGUACAUAAUAUGAAUAUUGAAUAUUGUACAACUUAAUAAAAUGUAUAAUUUUCUGUAUUUUUAGUCUAAGUUAACUUAUUAACUAAUUAUUAAUUUUUGUUUUGUUUAUUUAAAAAUAUUAUGCAAUUUAAAUAAUAUAGUUUAUGAGUGUAAAUUAUUACUGGUAUUAAAAUUGAAUUAUAUGAACUUAAAGCAUAA